AUGACCAUUCUUACUACACAAAUAUCAUUUCUUUUACUUCUACUUUUAUAUGUAACCACAUUUCACAAAAUCACUUGCACCAAUCACACUGUGGUUAGAUGCAAUGAGAAAGAUCGUGAGACAUUGUUAACCUUCAAACAGGACAUCAAUGAUAGUCUUGGUGGGAUAUCAACGUGGUCAACCGAAAAAGAUUGUUGUGCAUGGGAAGGAGUCUACUGUGAUAGUAUCACCAACAAAGUAACAAAACUUGAUAUGCAGUUCAAAAAAUUGGAAGGUGAGAUGAAUCUUUGUAUUCUAGAACUUGAGUUUUUGAGUUACUUGGAUUUGAGCUACAAUGAUUUUGACGUUAUAAGAGUUCCAAUCACUCAACACAACAUCACACGUUCAUCUAAACUUGUCUACCUUGACUUAGCCCCCCUCAUUUUUGAUAAAACUCUUCACAUGGAUAAUCUUCAUUGGCUUUCUUCACUUUCAUCCUUGAAAUAUCUCAUCCUUAGUGGGAUUGAUCUUCGUAAGGAAACCAACUGGCUUCAAGCAGUAAGUACCCUUCCUUCACUAUUAGAAUUACAACUGAGUUACUGUAAACUAAACAACUUCAUGAUCAAACCAUCUAUUGAGUAUUUCAAUUUGUCUUCACUUGUAACUCUUUAUCUUUCUGGAAACAACUUUACCUCCAAUUUACCAAAUGGGUUUUUUAAUCUAACCAAAGAUAUCACCUCUCUUGACCUUGCGCAAAAUAAUAUAUAUGGCGAGAUACCUUCUAGCAUGCUAAACCUUCAAAAUUUGAGACAUCUUGAUCUCUCUGAAAACCAACUACAAGGAUCAGUUUCACAUGGAAUAGGUCAACUAGCAAAUAUUCAACACCUUGAUCUUUCCAUCAACAUGUUAGGUGGUUUCAUUCCUGUAACUCUAGGAAACCUCUCAUCCUUACAUUCCUUAUCUACUGGCUCUAAUAAUUUCUCUGGUGAAAUUUCAAAUUUAACUUUUUCCAAACUCUCUAGUUUAGAUGAACUAUACUUGAGUAAUUCAAAUAUUGUAUUUCGAUUUGAUUUGGAUUGGGUUCCUCCUUUUCGACUCCAUGCCCUUUCAUUGGCCAAUACAAAUCAAGGCCCAAACUUUUCAGCCUGGAUAUAUACACAAACGUCACUUCAAGAUCUCUAUUUAUCCAGCUCUGGAAUUUCAUUGGUAGAUAGAAAUAAGUUCUCGAGCCUUAUAGAAAGCGUAUCCAAUGAACUUAAUUUGUCAAACAAUUCGAUUGCUGAAGACAUAUCUAACCUAACACUAAAUUGUUUCUUUCUAAGGUUGGAUCACAAUAAUUUCAAGGGAGGACUCCCAAACAUAUCAUCAAUGGCCUUAAUAGUUGAUUUGUCUUACAACUCCUUCUCAGGAUCAAUUCCACAUAGUUGGAAGAACUUGUUAGAAUUAACUUACAUUAUCUUGUGGAGUAAUAAGCUGUCUGGUGAAGUUCUAGGACACCUCUCUGAUUGGAAACAAUUGCAAUUCAUGAAUUUGGAAGAAAAUGAGUUUUCUGGAACCAUACCAAUCAACAUGCCACAAUAUUUAGAAGUUGUCAUAUUAAGAGCUAACCAAUUCGAAGGGACUAUUCCAUCACAAUUAUUCAAUCUCUCUUAUUUGUUUCACUUGGACCUUGCACAUAACAAACUCUCAGGAUCUAUGCCAAACUGCAUCUACAAUUUGAGUCAAAUGGUUACUUUAUAUGUGGAUGCAUUGCCUUCUGAUACGACAAUUGAGUUGUUUCAAAAAGGUCAAGAUUAUAUGUAUGAAGUGCGGCCAGAUAGGCGAACUAUUGACCUUUCAGUCAAUAGCUUGUCUGGAAAAGUGUCAAUGGAAUUAUUUCGUCUUGUUCAAGUUCAAACAUUAAAUUUAUCUCACAAUCAUUUUACUGGAACAAUACCAAAGAUGAUUGGAGGCAUGAAAAAUAUGGAGUCUCUCGAUCUCUCUAAUAAUAAGUUUUGUGGUGAAAUUCCUCAGAGCAUGUCUCACUUAAACUUCUUGGGUUAUUUGAACUUAUCUUGCAACAAUUUUAACGGAACUAUACCAAUGGGGACUCAACUUCAAAGUUUUAAUGCAUCGAGCUAUAUUGCCAAUCCAGAAUUAUGCGGAACUCCUCUUAAAAACUGUACCACAGAAGAAAAUCCUAUAACUGCAAAGCCAUAUACAGAGAAUGAAGAUGAUGACUCUGCAAAAGAGUCAUUGUAUCUUGGCAUGGGGAUUGGAUUUGCAGUUGGUUUCUGGGGGAUUUUCGGUUCUUUGUUUCUCAUUACAAAAUGGAGGCAUGCAUACUAUCGGUUUAUUGAUAGAGUGGGUGACAAGCUCUAUGUUACUUCGAUUGUAAAGUUAAACAACUUUGACAGAUUAUGGAGUGGGUGA